GGUGGCACGCUUCCUUUAGCCAAUGAAGUCCCGUGAGCGGUAGCUGUGGUUUCCGCUUCCACCCGGGUGAGGCGGUCAUGGCUGUGCCGCGGGGCCGAGAGCGGGGAGAGAGCCCAGCCGCCCUGGCGAUGGCGCAGGCUCGCUUCGCCAGGGGCGAUUUUACCGAGGCCCGGGAGCUGUACUCCGCAUUCAUUGGCCAGUGCGCGAGUCACAGGAGCAAAUGUAGCCCGGAGGAUUUGGCCACCGCAUAUAACAACAGGGGGCAAACCAAGUACUUCAGCGUUGAUUUUUAUGAAGCCAUGGACGACUACACAUCUGCCAUAGAAAUCCUGCCCAACUUUGAAGUCCCCUAUUAUAACAGAGGCUUGAUACGCUACAGGCUGGGGUAUUUUGACGAAGCAGUGGAAGAUUUCAAGAAGGCAUUAGACCGAAAUCCUGCAUUUCAAGAUGCUGUUUUGAGCUUAAAACAGACCAUUUUAGACAAAGAAGAAAAGCAAAGACGAAAUGCGCAGAAAAGUUACUGAAACCUUUACAGCUUAUUGAGAUUUUUAACUCGAGAUCCUUAAGCCUGCAUUUGAAUGGCUCUGAGAUAGGCAUGGGACUGUUUUAAUUAUAUGUAAGAGACUGAAUUUUAGAAGUGAAAGUAAAAUGAUGUGCUUAUUAAUUUCAGGGAAGAUUGUGUUUGAUAGAGUAAAUAAAUAAUACCGAUGUAUAAAUGUAUACUAUAUAGCAAAGUAUUUAAAUCAAUAUGGACUAUUUUCAGUAAAGGUUUUAUUUUUACCCUAUAUAUUUCUAUUCCCGACUUUGUGUUUUUUUCCCCACCCGUAGAAAAGUUGCUGGUAAGUACAGUCAAGCCAUAAGCCCUUUACCUACUUAAAUGACCACAUUUGCUGCAUCUUUAUACUUAAAACCGAAACUUUCCACUCUAAAGUCUGAGGCAGGAGGAUCGCUGUGAUUGCUCCAAGCCUAGGCUAUAGAGACCCUCAAACAAAGCCCAACAAAAGAAAACAAAAGCCAGACGAAGUUUUUUUUGUUGUUGUUGACCAACUUGAAGAUGAGAUACUGACGUCAUGCUUGACUCCACAAACAGUUCCGCCUGCGGCUUCCUAAAGACGCUCUCGUCCACCGCCACUCGCUGCUGUGACACCUAAUAAAAAUAACACCGUAACAUGCUCCAUA